GUUUGACCGACUUCUUUCACCUCAUUUCACCUCAUUUCACCUCUUUUCAACCUUCUUCAGCUCCCCUUCUACUUUUGUCUCUUUUAGUCUUCUACGUCUCUUGACGCGUGAUGUGUGUGGGUAUAGUUCGUCGGUUGCUCUCGGACUACUAAUAACUUAGUACUAAGUAGGCAGUCCCUCCUCCGACUUCAGAGCUUUGUAAUCAAUACUCCGUGUUUAUGUGAAUGUUUUCGGAACUUCAUCGUUCACACUACCUAAACACCUUACCAUCUUUACGUGUGCCGAUCUAUUACAUUGCCUAUGUAGGUUCUCAUCGGAGACUCCCGAAUAUCUUUAUUCUUCCGCAAUUCUCCGCUUCGUCGGAAGAUGCUGUGGCACAGGCUUCGGCUUCCCAGUAUCCUCUAAGUAGGAUUCGAACCGAUCUGUCGGAGUUAACGUUUCUAGGGUUUAGCCGCCAGUUAUGGUCAGGUUUGUAGAAUCCGACUCAACGGGCUUGCCCCUGAAGAGGAAGCAGGUUGCGCAGGCCUGUGCGAGAUGUCGGCGAAGGAAGAAGAGAUGUUCCCAUAACUUGGAUGGCCGUACCAAUCUCAACGAGCCUCCUAUUCACAGCACGCCUAAUUCUAUACCUAGAGCAACCGAGGCGGCACCUCAAGCACCUCAGGCUUCGCCUAAUCCCCAAGCUCUUCCGCAGCUCGACAAUCUCCCGGAAAGAAGCGACUCCCGAAGCGCGUCCAGAUUUGUUGGCUAUCUGAGUCCCGAAGCUAUUCUCAUGGAAGCCACCAGCUUAUGCGCACAGCGUGAUUUGUCUGUCGGGGGUGGCCUUGGGAUAUGGAAAUCCAGAGCUCCUGAUUUGGCUAAUUCGAAUAGCCCCGGUCCCCUAACAUCUCCCCCUCGACACAUCUUACAAAAUAUGCUCAAGGCAUAUGUAUGGAGCCACUGUGUUGUCUGCUGUCCUUCACCGUCAGAUUAUGCCGUGCUCCUUCGUAUAUAUCUCGAGAAGCUAGACCCCAUUUUCCCUAUCCUCAACUGUCACCUGACAAAUACCUCUCGGGACGAGAUAGGGGAGAAGGUAUUACAGCAGAUUGUCAGCCUUGCCGCUGCCGCUGACCCAGAGGCUACUCGCCAUCUUCGUCUAACCCCCGACGGUCCUCUGCUCUCUCGCCAUGACUUUAGCAGUUCCCUAUCAAAUUCCAUUCAAACGAUUAUCGAUGCUGGACUUAUUACGGAUCGGGUCUUCUUAACUCGCAUACUAGCUGCUUUGUCACUAUACAUGCAGCCGAGUAGUCCAGAGGAAGCCGAUGUUCCGGCAUUCCUGAAUAGUCAUGCAGUUCACCAAAUGCACACCUUGGGACUGCAGAUGGCUGCGGAAGACAGUGAUUCGAAUACUCGCACCCUAUUUUGUUCAGUUUGGGCGUUAGACCGCCUCAACAGUGCCUUCUAUGGCCGGGCCUGCCUGAUCCAUGAAAGGGACGUAGGAUGGAAUAUCGAUGAUUGCAUUUCCAGACAGUCACCCCCUUUUCGGCUAUUGCUGAUGAUCAUCGGUCUCCUCGAUAAAGUCAUCGGCUUGUACCGCCCCGGAAACAGACAGGAGAAGGAUUUUAUCACCGAGCUGCCAAUCUUUGAGCAGAUGAUUAUAGAUGCGGGAGCAGCUCGAAUAUCCAACCCAUGUUUAGCCUCUCUUGAAAUAUUCUACCACUCAGUCGCCAUACUCUCAAGCCAGUCGCCGUCCGAGAACCGGUCCACAGCUCUUCCAGCCCCGUCCACAAAUAGCCGUCGAUCGUUGGCAGCCGAUCGAAUUACUCUAAUCGUGGGGCAUGAGUUUGCUGGGCAGUUAUCCUAUCUACCCAUCAUCCCUUACGGCGUCUGCUUGUCGCUUAGCGUCUCAUACCGCAAGAUGCGCUAUAGUAACAUCCCGAUGUUUAGGAACAGAGGCAAACAAGCCUUUAUAGCGAACACUUCGCUGCUGAAAUCGCUAGGCGAUACGUUCUGGACAGCAAAAGCUAUGGUGGCCAUGGCCGAACAAGUUAUUCAAGAAAUGGACAAGGCCGUCGCAUCGAUAACGCAAGAAAAUGGGCUUGCGCAUGCUUCCAGAAAAGACAAGCCUCCGCCACAAUCAGACAGCGAACCGCCUGCCUCCGGAACGGAUGGUAGUGAAACUGUUGACUGUGUCGUCCAGGGAAAUCCCGAUCUAUCAAUCCUCGACACCGUCCCUGAUCUAGAUGUUUUUGGCUAUUUCGACCCGACUUUCAACCUGGAUGCCGUAGAUGCUGCUUUGGAGGGCAAUCUCGAUUUCGGAACUUCCUCAAAUUGGUUCGACUGGCAACAGUUAUGGGGAUAAGUUCACCGACGUAUUUAGAUGAAUGGCUGCUUAGUCGAUUUUGCAGCGAACAAAAUGAGUUGCCCUCAUCUGUAUGUCUAUCUCAGGCAGCAAAUCCACAUGGAUAUUGUCCGAGACUCAUCUUUUAUCGUAAUGCUAUUACAAGCUAAAUACGCGGAGAGAACUCCCCUUGACUUAAUUAGCUACUUAAACGCUUGCCUAGCAUCAGUCGAAGUCAUGGAGCAAGGAACUAACUGAAUUGAGGGUUAUGCAUAUCCUCGAACUUAUAAGAUGAUACCAAGCGUACACCUCUGAAGAGUCCAUAUUCCUUUACAUCUGAACCUACCAUUUCAACCUUUAAACUUUAAGGUCUAUCUCGUAUUCGUACGCAGUAGGUAGA